AUGAACAAUUUCAAUGGUGUUUUGAUUUUACUGGAACAGGUUUCGGCUUUACACUCAGUACCUAGGGGUUGUCCAGUUGUCCAAAUACACUUGGCCGCCUCGGUGUUGACUUUCAAGGAUAUCAACGAUGGCUCGAACUUCCUCAAGGCGGAGGCCGCCCUCACCACCUUCGCUGAUGCCGCCCACUCUGAGCAUGAGAUUGUUUUUUUGGUGCCUCGCAACGACAACAUCCUGUUGAUCGGAGGCAUUGCCAAAUCACACGAGUGGAAUCUGAGUCUGACGCUGGACUCGCCCAUCCUGAAGCGCAUGCGAGCGCGCUACGAGUUCUUCCUCCCUGGUCUCUCGCUUCGACCUUGA